AUGGGAGGAUUAGGCCAGCAGGUCCCCACUUGUACAUCUGGUAACAAAAGGCAGUCCAGCUCUUUGACUGACCUCACCUCAGACAGUACCUGGGAUCAGCAAAAGCCUCACUUGUUUGCUAAAUCCUGCUUGAGGCCAAAAAGUGCUUCAUCUCCCUGGAUUCCUUCCAUCACCAUCCCUCAGCCCUUCAAAAUGACAGUGCGGGAAGCUCGCAAAAAGUCCCAGCUGAUGAAGUCAUACAUGUUUCUUGAACUAGACAAACAGAGAGACAAAAGGCAAAGCCAGGAUGAAGCCGAAUGUCAGAAGCAGUUCCGGGCACAGCCUGUACCUGCCCAUGUAUUUCUGCCCCUUUAUCAGGAAAUAAUGGAGCAGAAUGAGAUUCGCAGGCAAAUAGCAACACAGAAAAGAAAGGAGCUGCUACUUUCAACCCAGCGGCCCUUCAGUUUUCUGGAGAAGGAGGAGAAAAAGAAAGAAGCUAUCAGACAAAAGUUCCUGGCAGCAGCAACCCCAAAUGAGAGGUCCAAACAGAAGCAAGACAGUAAAAGAGUUCCUAAAUCUACUUACAAUCCACUUCUUGGAGAUAAACUCAAAGAAGCUGAACUCUACAGAGAAAUCCGCAUUCAAAUGAGAGCGAAGGAUUUGCUUGAGAGCUCCGUAGCUCCUAUAGAUACUAGCGACUGUCGGAGGGAGCCUCAGUCCCGAACUGCCACUAAAACUAAGCAGGAAAGACUUGGCUUCUUGCAGGACAAAAGUUUCAGUUUCAAGCCAAGGAUUAAUCCAACAAUACCAGAUUUUGAAGGACUUUACUGGGAAUUUCAGAGGGAAGCAGUAAGGAGACAAGAAAUCAAAGAGGCAACUCGUAAUAAGCCAUUCAAGCUAAGAACCUCCAAUCUCCGUGGCAGGCAGAGGCAGGCUAAUGAACAGAUAAAGGAUUCUCAGCAACUUUCCAAGGUUUCAGUGCAAAAAAGUCAUUCUCUGACCGGACUUUCCUCUCUCUCUUCCAACACCCUUCCAGUGCAUAUUACAGAUGCAACUAGAAAAAGGGAAUCUGCUAUUAGAUACUCCCAAGAUAACAAAAAGGAAGGGGACAAAGAAGGAAUUUAUUGGCAGGAGAAACAGAAAAAGAGAUGUCAAGCUAUCCGAAAGUCAGUGAACAGCCGAGCAAAAGCCCUGGACCCACAUAAAAGUCUGGAGAAAACACAGAAGGAGAAGUUGAAACAGAACUGGCAAAAUAUGAGAGAGAGAACAAAGGAAUACAGAAAGGAGCUGGAAGAAAUGCAGCUGCGAGUCAAGAGCAGACCGUACCUCUUUGAACAGGUCACCAAGCAUGAUGCUCGUCAAGGAGCAGAGCGUCGCUACAGACACACCCUCCAGCAGGUGGGGCUAAGCGAAGAAUUUGUAAGGAAAAAAGGGCAAGAUGCCACUGACUUGCUGGAAGAAGAAUCUGACAUUCACAGAGCGCCCAAGCCUCGGGGUGAAAAGGACAACUGUACUGUACAGGAAGGAGAACCUCAAGAGGAACAGAGUGGAAAAGAAAUGGCAACGUGA